AUGACAAACUGUCGAAGUUAUGCGAAGACACACUGGCAGAAGGAUGUGCGCUACUGGGCUGCCUCCGCUCUCAGUGGCGUGGGUGCCGCAGCUGCCGAAUUCGCCGCUAAGGCGCCCUUGCUGCGUCCUGGGAGGGCCAAAGUCGUGCAGGAGGUGAAGGUGCGAGCUGCCAAAAGCAAGGAGGCCGAGAUCGUGGGGCUCCUAAGGGAGGGCAUGUUCGUGACCGUCCACGAGGUGUGCACCAAGUCCGCACACGUGGAGUACGCAGUGACCGGGCUGACCGGCUGGGUGACCUUGAGCAAGAACUCCGAACCGGUUUUGAAGGAGGAUGCCUGGGCCCCGCGACCUUCCGUGAAGAAGGUGCCCAGAGCUUCAGAGCCACACCGCGAACCCUGCGAGAAAGCUGCUGGCACUUGUGCAGGAGAUCACCGCAGCUUACCUGAGUCGGCAUGGAAGAGGAUCCAUCAGAAGUUUCAGCAACCUGCCCCGUCCUCCACAUCUCCAAGUUCGACAAUUCAGGAUGGCGAAGCCAUCGCAUGCAGAGCCAACUGGAGUGGCGAUCAUCGCAGCCUACCCGAGUCGGCAUGGAAGAGGAUCCAUCAGAAGUUUCAGCAAACUGCCCCGUCCUCCACAUCUCCAAGUUCGACGAUUCAAGAUGGCGAGGCCAUCGCAUGCAGAGCCAACUGGAGUGGCGAUCAUCGCAGCCUACCCGAGUCGGCGUGGAAGAGGAUCCAUCAGAAGUUUCAGCAAACUGCCUCGUCCUCCACAUCUCCAAGUUCGACGAUUCAAGAUGGCGAAGCCAUCGCAUGCAGAGCCGACUGGAGUGGCGAUCAUCGCAGCUUACCUGAGUCGGCGUGGAACAGGAUCCAUGAGGCGUUUGACGGUCCACGUCGUCCGGAACCCGCAGCCGCAUCUGGCUGGUGGAUGCUUUUCUGGCAGCAAGCUAUGCGGGAUAUGUGCUGCAGCCGGUGA